CGACUCGAGCCUGGGGUUUCCUGCCACAGCGGCGGGAUUAUAUCACGAAACAGCCUCUCACUCUCGGCGGGGCCUUGUGUCGCUACGUUCACAGAUUUUUGAAGAGUUCUGGUUUGCGUCUGUGGGAAAAUGAACUUAAGAACAUGGAGACGUUGUGGAGAGACAGAAAAUCAAGAACCUAAAUUGAUUAUACUUGAAGAGGAAUUAAUGGAUUGCCCUGCUUUUGGGAUAUUGUGGUCUUGGAACUAGGUAAACUUAAAUGAUGAUUGACGGAAAAAAACAAAGGUAAGACAAAUAAAUGCUGAAGAUACUGAAGAGCACAAAGAAGAAUUUAAACAAAGAAUCGAGCAAAGAACAAUCCCUGAAUAGAGACCUGCAAUCUAACUGAAUACAUACAAUAGCAAAACGUGCAAACAGCAUUUGAAAGGGAAUGACAAAAAACAAGAGAAUCUCAGAAAGUAUUAGACUCUGCAUCAAAGAGCAGAUGAGAACAUCAAUGGAGUGUUUGCCUCUCGGAGCAUUUUGUGGAGGUCUGUACCUAGACUUUGUGGUUAGUGUUACUGCAGUUUUCCUCUCACACAGGUGUGUGAGUCAGUUACAAACAAACCCAUACGUGAUGAUGAACUGAAGGAUUGCUACGACGGAAGGCAGUCUUGAAGGUUACAAUAACACCUUUUCCCCCCAUAUUGAAUGCCAAUGAACCCCACAAUGUUUAAACAUUAGCGAAAUGCCAUUCACUUGUGCUGUUAUUCCAAGUCAAGUCAAGUCAGUUUUAUUUGUAUAGCCCAAUAUCACAAAUUACGAAUUUGCCUCAAGAGGCUUUACAGCAACACAACAUCCUGUCCAGUGGAGAAAGAAUACAUUUAAAGAUUUUUAGGGUUGAAAAUCUAAAUUGCUGAUAUUUCAGUCAUUCGUUGUAUCCAUGUCUACACGGUGCCAAAUUUUGUAGUCUUAGAAGUGAAAUCAUUGCAGCACUUGGCCAGCACAUAAUUGUUCUCCUAAAGUUCUCUUUUGAACAUCCAGCUGCUCACAAAAGUGUAUCCUUUUUAAAAAGCUGGAGGCACAUUGUGAAGUCAUUUUUUUCCUGUUUGACUCUUUCAUGUAUUGAUAGUCAUUUUUAUUUCAACUACACAUUUUACUUUUUGCUGCUACAAGUGUCAUAAUAUUUGUGAUAUAUUCUUCGGCUUCAACGCUUUGCUGGAUUUUUCAAGACAUUUCCAUGUUUUACUCCCUGCCUAUAGACUCCUAACAUUUUUUAUACAUAGCUACCACUCAGAACUUUUACAUUUCUGAUCAGUAGCAUUCGCUGUUGAAGAUAUUGAUUGAAAACUCACUUUUUUCCAAGCUCCAAAAAAUGCAGAACUUUUCUAACAGUCCAGCACCCCCAACCCUCCCCCCUGGGUUCAGUGGGAGAGGUGGAGGGGGCCCUCCUUACCCUCCCCAGCCAGCAGACUCCCAGAUCUCCCCUAGGAUGACCGAAGAUUACACAGGGAUGCAGCAGCAGAGCCUCCAUCGAGGCCACCAACACCCCAAUCAAGCUAGCCUUAUGCUUGGUUACAGUGCCAGAAGCAGAGGGACUGGAGAGCCAUCACAGACUAACAUUCACAGUGGCAGCAGUAGCAACCCUUACCGAAAGGAUGCAAUGGAUUACUAUUUUUCAAUGGGUGGUAAGGACCGGCAUAGAAGGGGAGGUAUGGGUUAUGGGGCAGGUUUUGGGUACCCUAGCAUCGAUGGACGUAUAUCUCACCAGUACAGACAUGGUCCAACUAGCGCUACGUCAUCAUCUGGCAUGAUGUCACCAUAUCCAGUAGACUAUGGUUCCACUGCUGGAUCAGGUGCUGCUAGUGUUGUCACUGGUGGUGCCGGACCCUUCUCUCCUUCACAUCAGUUCAGUGUGAGUCAGAACCAUGCAAUGCAGUUAGUGUCAGGAUCUCAAAUGCAGCACCGGCAGCAUGGACAAACUUACCAAGCUCUUCCUCACGGACAGCAGCAUCGGAGCUAUCCCCACUCUGGGCACAGAUUGACCCCUCAGUACCCACACUUCUCUCCACAUAGUGGACCAUCAACAGGGUCAUCAGGAAUGUACAGCCCCCCUCCACAAAGAUAUCACGAAGGGAGUGGUAGUGCUGGAUUUGAUCCUAAAGUCAACAGCUCUCCCAAUGUCAACUCCAGUUCAAACUCAGUCUCUAGUUCAGCUGCUGCUAACAAUGUGGGGCCUAUGGAGAAUGUUCAACAGAGUUACCAUGCUUCAAAUUACCCUGCUUACUCUCCACAGUCACAUUCACUCCAUAAACAAGCCACACUACAGCACCGCAACUCACAGCACAGUUUAGGGGUAGGCUAUGACAACUCGCUCAAAAUGCAGCACCAUGGCCCUUCUCCAGGCACAGUAUACACUAAACAUCACCAAGCCUCCAAUCCCAAUACACCUCAUGCAGCAUCGCAAGAAAUGUCCAAAUCCCCAAUGCACUCUAAUGCGCAACAGGCUCAAAUCAACCAAAACUUCAGUCCCAUAUCCAACCCUUCUCCAGCUGCCUCUGCAGUGCAGUCCCCCAGCUGUAGCUCCUCUCCAUCACCCUUGAUGGGUGUGUCAGAGGCACAUGGAACCCCUUCAGGACAUGCUCCCUCACAUCCCCCGCCACCAACCCCCCGUAGCAGCCAUAGUCAUGGAAGAUUACUGCAAACCAUGCCUCAGCUUAGUCCAACGCCCAACUCAAACAGCAGCAUCAGCAGUUGUGGUAGUAGUGGCAGUCACAAAGCCCAAGCCAUAAAUGCAACUGGAGCUGGGGUUGGUCACUCUUCUACAAGCCGCAGCAGAUUGGGUCCAGGCUCAGGGAUUGGGUCCCGAGAGGAAAGCUCCUCUGUUUAUCCAUCUUCUCCUCUUAACAAAAUGCAAGAUACUGGCCUCAAUAGUAUCAAUGCGUUAACCUCACAAGUAGCCAAUUUACCAAACACAGUGCACCACUUACUUCUCACUGACACCGUGCUUUCACAGAAGAAGGGGAAAGAUGGUGGGCAAACACAACAGGCAGCACAGGCCAUGCCCCCAUCACAACCAAGGAGUCGAAAUGCCAGUGCGGCCUCAAACACCAGCACAGUUCAGGAGGGAGUGGCAGCAGGUGGCAGUGGUGAUGGUGGCAGCUCCGAAGCUGGAGCUGAUGAAGACUCCUCUGUGGUGUCAGAGAGAGCACCUUCGAGGACCAAGGUGGAGCGAGAUGAGCAGUUUUCUGAGGGAGAAAAUGGGAGGGUGAGACAGAUGAGUGGUGCAAGCAGUGGAUCUGAACCGUCUGGCUACUACCUUCCAUCUCACAGUCAGAGCCAAUCCCAGAUUGGACAGGUAUCACAUGUUAAAACGAUCACCUCUGAGCCAAUGACAAAGCAACAAAGUAUUUCUAAAACAAAACCAAAUGAAUCUCACAUUCCUGCUGUCUCAUCCUCCCAGUCCUUGGGUUCACAGUCAUCUGAGCCCGUCCCAAACUCCUAUUCAACAACACCAUCGUUAGCCCCCUCAUCUAAUUCUGACAGUGCUCCUCCUCCUCAGCCAAACUGUGUCUCAGAGAGUGGUGUCAAUGAUACUAAUAAUCGAUAUGGCUCAAAGAAGACAAUAGAAAUUAAAGAUGAAGGAAUUAAAAGUGGAAGUGAAGGUGAGCCUGAAAGAAAGGACAAAGGGGCCAAUCGGGUGCAAGGAGAUUGCGAUGUAAGCCUUCAACAGGAUAGUCAGAAUAAAGACAAUAGUAUAUCCAGUUUACACAACAGCGAGAAGGAAGGAAAACAACAGAUGUGUGAGGAACAGCAAAACACCAGUGGUGUGGGUGUGAUUGUUUCAACGCGGGCAGAAGGAAAUCACUCGGAAAAAAGCAAACACCCUCAAGACAACUGUAUUGAGGAGAAACAUUCACACUCUUACUUUGGUGAGUCCAACAGUCAUAAUGGGGAAGAAGGAAUAGAUCUGAGUGUAUAUUCCUCCCAUCACCAAGCCCACUUGAAACCAAAUUUUGGACGGCCUCAAAACCCCCCCCAGCAUGGACCAUACAAAUAUGGCCACUCAGAGCCUCCAUAUGGCUCAGAUAUGUCAGUAAAGAACAGGGGAAGGCCCGUUCCAGGGGGUGCAAUAGAAUCAAAUUCCAGAUACCCAGGAUACCACCAGACACAGCUUGGAUACGGCCUUGUGCAUUCAAAAGAUGUUCGAGAUGCUAUAGUAGAGGCACCAGGAAAAAGAGGAGAAGGAGUAGGGGGAAGGAGCCAUGAAGACAGUUCUCAAAUACAGCCAUUUCCAAGCCUUUUACAAGAAGUUCUUCAAGGUUGUAAUUUAGAUAGACGUUAUGGCCGACCUGAACAAGCAUUCCCUGCGCAUCUCCAGGCUCAGCAACAGUUUCAAACCAGACACCAAUAUGGCAUAGCUGAAAGUAUGAGGAUACAGACUGGAACAACAGAAGCUUCUCCUCAUUCCUCCCAAAUGGCGGGCUCUGGAAAGCCCCCGCAACCAAACCAGAGGCAAGGAGGCAAUCCCAAUUUUCUUCAAGAACCUCAGGCUUCCAUUAAGUCAGAAGCAGCAAGUAAUAAGGCACCACAAAAUACUGACAAACAUAAGGUGGGUGUACCCCAGAGUCAUUUAACACAGUCUACAGAACCUCUGCAGCCGCCACCAAAACAUAUUAACUUAGCAGACUAUUCUUUACCACGGAGGAAAGCCCCAUCUAAUGUGCCCACUUCAUCCUCUGCUGUACAAGAACUGCUUUUGCAAGAGACAGAACCGCUAACAGCCAACAUUGGUCUAACAGAGUCUCAAAAAUCAUCAGGCUCCCUAUUAGCUCCAUCGUCGGAGAGACGGUCCGUCAUCUGUGAUGUGUCACCAAACCGGCGGGGCACACCAGAGAGGGACAGGGAAAGUGACAGAGAGAGAGAGAGGGAGAAAAGUCAGAGUGGAGCCUCUGUGAUUCAACAACCAUUUUCUUCUCCAACAGCAGCCAGUGAUCUGAGUAAAAAGGAACCUGGAGAGAAACAAGUGGUGAAAAUGGAAACGCCGUCAAAGGAGUCUGGCCCAGACUCUGCACACCCACAAAGUGAUCAUCAUAGAAGUGGCACAAAUAAAGAGGUUGACGUAGAGUAUCAUUCCAAGUCUGUUCAUUCCUCUGUUGUCAUUAAUACCGAUCCCUAUAGGCAAAGUAACAUUGAUAUGACUCCCACACCCCCUCAUCCUACAAGCACUAAUCCUUUAUCUCCACCGUCAAGGCAUCAGGCCUUUCUCCAUGGGAUUGAUUUUUCAGGUGGUCAUGCCAGCAGUUUUCCUGGUUAUCGGUAUGGUGAUGCCAGAGAAGGCAAUAUGAUCCCACACAGCAACCAGCACUUUCCCUCUCAUCAUCCUUACCACAGUUUAUCUUCCCAGGCUCAAUUGCAAAGCCCACAGUCCACAAAUAAGCUUCAGAUUUAUCCUCACUCUCGUGGCCCUCCUCACCACCCCCCUGACUUGAGUGACUGGGUAACGGCAAUGAACAGGCCAUCCAAGGAGAUGAUGAUGCAGCCUGGUUCCUCUCCAGUAAGACAUAAAUUCAGUCAAUCAGAGCAGAGGCAGAGGAUGCUCUCCCAGACUGACAUUAUGCCUAAUGAACAACACAUAACAAAACCACCUCUUCCUCAUCAGAGUCCUUACUAUGAUUUGAAAAUGUAUCAGUCAACACAUUCUGGAAGAGAAGGUGCAGUAAUGAUUGAGGGGGAACCCUAUUACAGAACACAUCCCCCUCCUCCCCCUGCUGCCCCUGUAGCUUCACAUACUCCUGCUGUUCCACAAAUGGCUCUAGCAGUUGGACCAAGUGCUAUUGAACCUGAUGUCUCCAGAGGUGCUCCGGAGGAAGCUAAACAACCCCGUCCAACAUCCAAUGCCACUAAACCCCCUGCUGACAUGAACUUGGGUCUACUGCAAGGGCAGCGUCAGACUAAAGCUGGCGGCUCCGGAGACACAAAUCCAUUAAUGCUGAGGAGGAGAGUUCGUUCUUUUAUCUCUCCUAUCCCUGCCAAGAGGCAACUUCAGGAUGGUUCCCAGCAGAGGGUUGCCUCAAAUUCACAUCACUCUCCAGGGGCCCAGUCUGAGUCUAGCCAUCACAAUGAAGAUGACUCAUCCAGUUCAGACAUCCCAUUUCCAAGGCUCUCUUCUCCCUUGUCUGGAGAGAAUGCCUAUUCACAAUCGCUAUCUCCUUCAGGUGGUAAAGCCAAGAUUUUGCCUCCCAGGAAAGGACGGGGCUUGAAACUGGAGGCAAUAGUGCAGAAAAUCACUCCAAAUGUUAAGAGACCAUUAGGACACGCAGAUGCUGAGUCAAAUCAUUACCCAGGCUUCUCUCACUCAGAAAUGACACAGUUUAGCGAUUCACAGGACCAAGAUUUAGCACAUUUUUCCAGAGUUACAGGUGGUGAUGAUGGUUACAUUGAUGAAAGUCACACCUUAAAUGACAUGAUUCCUUUUAGAGGAGUUGAUGAGACUGGGCCAUUACCUCCCUCUGCUUACCCCUGUGAUCCCCAUCAGACGACCCAAGUUCUCAAACAACCAGACUUUGACUUUGGGUUAGGGGCUGCUGUGGCAUCAUCAUCAGGCGACAAGGAGGACUUUGCUUUGCUAGGACCUUUACCCCCGCCGCCACCAUUACCAUGUCCAGUCCAGGGUUCCCCACCUCCAUCUUCAUCUGCCCUGUCUGAUAUUCAGCAUUUCACUAACACUUAUCAGCAACUGGAAACACGACGAGGAGAGCAAUCUGCUGCUAACCUUCUCAGACAGAAACUUCAAGAAACUGGAAUGGGAUUUGACGAUUAUCCUGGCAGUGACUAUUAUGGAACCACCCCACCUCACCACAGCCAGUCCCAAGGGCAUAUGCUGAACAGACAACAACAUCAUUUGCCUUCGGGAAGAUCUGCUCUGUCACCACAAGAUUCCAAACUGACAGACAGUAUUGUCCCUAAAGGCUAUUUCCCAUCUGGCAAGAAAAAGGGUAGGCCUGUUGGCAGUGUUAACAAACAGAAACGUGCCCAGAGCCAAGCCCAAACCCAAGCCCAGACACAAACUCUGAACACCACUCUGAGUGCUCCUUCAGCGCCACCUGCUACAUCUCCAGUUGCUGCCACCACCCUGCAGACAGGGCAAAGUACCAGUGGCACAUCAGCUUCCACACCGCCUCCUUUGCCAGAACAAAAAGACUCACCUCCGCUGGCCCCACCUGUUUUAACCCAGGUAGUGAAACUAGAUGCUGAGAGUGAGGACACACAGCCAGAGAUUGAGGUCAAACCCCUGCGACAGAGACGGAGAGGUAUGAAAGAUGAGAACGAGCCGGCAGACAUAAGGGGGAGACAGAGGAGGAGGAGGAGAGUUGGAGCAGCUGCGGCGGUGGCGACAGUGUCAGUUGCUAAAGAUGACCCAGAUACACCUUUUGGGGCAGGAGGCAGUCUGAGCACAAGUGGAGGUUUUCUAGACCCAAACAGAAAGGGCCUGUUUGUGCCACAUAUCCAUGUUGAGCGGAAAAUACCAGAGAUUGGGGCAGUGUGUACCAUAGUGAAUGCUGAGGAGGAGAGGUUGAAGGGUGAGCGUAGUGCAGUUGGAGGGAAAGCAGGCGGCAGUGGAAUGGAUUCUCUCCUCACCCCGGCCCUCUCCUCUCAGCUAAACAGGAGAGACAGAGAAAUGGAAAAGAGGGAGUCAGACGAUGUGGAGACCACUCUUCCGUCAGGAAAAGCACUUCCUUCUUCUGGCUAUGUUGUUUCAGGCCCUGUGAUUACAGAGACUAAUCACUCUGGCCGCCUGCUCUGCUGCCUGUGUCAGAAAUGGGCAAAUUAUAAACAUCUUGGAGAUCUCUACGGGCCAUACUAUCCAGCUGAAUAUGCUGCAAAGCUGCCUAAGAAUCAGCCACAACUCAGACAAUGUCAUGUAACCCCAAAUGCAAGUAAACCCGGACCAAAUUUAGAUGCCAAUUCAAAUGUAUUAAGCAGUAUCCAAGACACACAAACAGAAGAUGCUCAGAUUACCAAAUCUUCAACCGACAGUGACUUUGUUGCCAAGCUGGUUACAGACCCGCCAUCCCAUAACACUACAGUCAGAACAGCCUCCCCAAUUGGUGGUGAAGAAAUUAUGAUGUAUCUGUCUGGACAACUUGAUAACACCACCUCCUCUCCUAUCACCACCACCAGUAAAACAUCCCUAACCUGGGAUAUGAAUCUAGAUAUUAGACCUAUCCCAGAGCUUAAGCGAGAGCCUGACCUUGAGGUUGACCAGCAACAUAUACAAAAACGGCAGCAGCAGCCAACCGAAGAAUCUCAACAGAGACCGCAGCACAGAAAGCUGACCUCACAUCCACGCUUCAAAAGGAGGCACAAAUCCAGUGAGGAGUCCCCCAGAAUGGUGCCGUCAAACAGUAAGGCCUCCCUGCCCUUCCAGCCCCCUCCUCCAGCCCUGGACUCUUUGGGGCCCUUGGCCCAACUGGCACAGCUGCCUCAGAUGCCCAUGGACCCAGAGGAACUAUGGGUCCACGAGGGUUGCAUUGUGUGGACCAGUGGUGUGUACCUGGUAAAUGGGCGACUGUAUGGCCUGCAGGAGGCACUAGAUGGUGCCAGAGACACAAGCUGCUCAUAUUGUGAGAUGGUCGGCUCCACCCUGGGCUGCUACAGUAAGGGCUGCACACUCCGCUACCAUUACCUGUGUGCUAUUGAAGCCGAUUGCUCUCUGAAUGAAGAUAACUUCUCACUGCGGUGUCCGAAGCACAAGGUAAAGAAGGAGAGUCUCCCCAGAGUAGCCGUCCAGCCAAGUCUGUGUACCUGGAGCAGUCAGAGAGAGGCUGAGACAAACAGUAAAGAAAAGACACAGCUGUCUGCAAGCUGUGCGGUUGAACAACAGAAGACGGAGGACUGUUGCUGAGGCCACCUCAGACGUAACGGGAAAAAAGGAACGGCAUCUGUUGGCUGAUGAAUGGACAUCUUCUAUGAUGGAGAACAGCAAAGGGGAUUGUACAAUUUCUCAACAGGAAUCAACGUGCUUACAUUUGACGAUAUAUAAAAAAAAAGAAAAGAAACUUUUUUCUUUUUUGCUCUUUAAUUAAAAAAAAAGAAAAACGUGAACAAAGCAACAUAGCGGAAUGGAGUGACAACAAAGACAAAGAAAGUGGUUGGACAAAAUGAGACGCAAAGAGUGUCGGAAGAACGGAAAGGAACUUGUUUCGUUAAAGGAAGAAGAAAAAAAACAAACUUCCCCUCUCGGCUCACUUUGAAUUGUCUUUGAGUUUCCCUCAAACUGUUAAAAGUCUUCUUUAAAUCAUCUGUAUUAUCGGUGUACCUGUAACGGGUUUGCUUUGCUUUGUCUUUCCUUCGGGUGCUUUUAGUUCAGCGUAACGGGAGCAGGGACCCUCGGGAGACGGCGAGAGGAUGCGGGGGGGGGCAACUCCCGAAAAGGAAAGGAUAAAUUCAAAGUACCUUCUUACAAGUAGUAUUUUAUCAUAUAAAUAUUAUGAUAAUCAUUAUUCUUUUAAGUAUCACUAUCAUUUCUUAUCUGCAUCAGUAUUUACUCAUAGAAUUGAAUUGGAUGAUUCUCGCUUUAUACUUUCUCAACAUAUCAUGAAUCGGAUUAUUAUUUUUUUAUUUUAUUAUUAUUGUUAUUAUUAUUAUUAUUAUUAUUAUUAAUUAUUGAUUUGCAUUCCUGGAGAGGGAGGAGCCAGAGUGAAUGUCAGGGUCAAGUUGCCACAAAGACAUUAUUGCCUUGGAGAGCGGACGUCUGUUGCCUUUUCAAAAGUCGCGUGUGUGAAUGCGGACUGAGUGCGUGCGAGACUGGGAGCAGGUUGGAUCUGAGUCCCGGAGUCCAUUCUGGUCCUUUUGAGAAGUGUUCUUAUUUUUCAUCCCCGGGGGUUUUUACGGUACAGAUAGUAUCCCUGGGAAAAAAACAAACAAACAAACAAACAAAAAAAGGCAGAUGGACACAACGUUAUUUUUCAAGUAAAGGUGUUCGCAGGGGGAGGAGAGCCGCUGGGAGGAGGAGGAGGAAGGAGGAGGUGACGCUGUUGGACUCGGUGCGUCCCACGCCGGCUGGGAAGAGACGGGAGGACAGGACUCUCGAGCCCUUUGCGUUUAGGGCGAAGCUGUGUGCCGCGUGCACGCGCCGGGAUUCGGACUCAUUACGGAGGAAGUUUUGCAUAGGAUGUUGCGUUUGACUGACGGGCGUCGGUCCUUCAGACACGAGCGAGAGGUGUUUUUGGAACUACGAACUCUGGAGGAUCCCGGUUGAGGAGCCGGCGUAGACGUGCGUUAUCCUUCUUUCUUUUUUCUUUUUUUUUUUUCCUGAAUGGUUUCACCCCUCAGCAACACAACCGUGGUCUGAUCGGGAGGGGGGGGGAUGCAAAACCCAUUCAAAAUAAGCAUUGCCAUAAAACCCAAAAGUGAGUUGUACGUUGUGUUGUCUUUAUCAUUUUUUAUUGUUACUCUUGUAAAAAACAAAAAACAAAAAAAGAAAAGACCAGACUAAAAAGAAAACAGUUACACUAUCGGAACCAUGCUGUAAUAGAAAUCUGUCAAUAUGUAUAUGAAUUAUGAAUACACUUUAAAAAAUG